UGGCAAUAUGGAAACAGUCCAAGGUCUGAAGAGCAAAGCUCAAAAACUUUUCUGCCUCGGUUGCAACCGGAUCGGCUCUGAUCAGUUUUCCGAUUUCCCACCUUCUGUAACUGAUCUGAAGCAUCGCAGGCGGAGAUGGCGUUUUUCCUGAAGAAUUCAUCGCUUUCAUCUCAUUUCCGAUCGCGCUCUCAGCGCUUUCAGUCCCUCGCCGUGGAUUCCAUGUCGAGCUUGGGCAGCGGGAAAAAGCUCUCUUGGCUGAUGACCCAGCUAUUCGUAGAUUCAAGUCACACAAGUCAGGCGUCUCAAAAAUUAACAAGAUUGGAGAUUUUCUCACAGUCGUCGUUGUUGUCGGGUGCUGCUAUGAGAUUUACGUGAAAGCAACAAUGCGCGAAGAAUCAAGGGAAAAGGGAGGUGUGAGUGCAUAAGCUUGUGCAGCUGCCAACACUCGUACCAGUGUCAUCGUGUUUUCCCUUUGGCAACUGAACAACCUGCUUGUAGGCUGGUGUGAUGAUGAUCUCUGACUAGAUGCCGAUAGUUCUGGUUCAUAAGCAGAUGAUGAAUAAAUUUUUUCAGCUUUGGUAGAUGGAUAUAGACACUCUAGCAUCCCGUUGUUUAUUGGCUGGAAUUUGGUAUGUAGCUCGGCUCUCUGGUUGUUUUCGAGGAGCAUAUCGAAUUGAUUGGUGUAACCACAUCUCUCAGUUUCAAAUGGCACGAUGAAUAAGGCACAAUGGUUUUCUGGGGAAAUGUUCAAAUGAUUGUGACUUUGUUAAGGAAUUCAUUUGCGGAAUUACUUUCAUAAUUCUAGACCUGGCAAUCGGGGGUAAUUUCGG